UUGGACUUUACAACACGUUGACAUGUGGUCCAUGGAACACUCCAUGGUCCGACAACCACUUGAUCUUUCUCUCUUGUUCGAAAUUGAAACUGUUUUAAAUAAAUAAAUAAAAAAAAAAACAAUUCAUACCAAAAACAUUGUUCAUUAGCAUUAGCUUUAGUUGUACUUUGAAAAAAAAAUUGAGGUUCAGACCCAAAAACACCUCUUCUCGAAUCUCAGCUAAAUCUCUCUAAUCCUGGAUUUUCAGAUGUAGGUUUGUGUUAUUUUGAUAGAGAAGAAGUAGAAGUAGAAGAAGGGAAGAGUGUUGUUGCUAAGAAUUUAGAAGAAAAGGGGUUUUGGAAGGUGUUUAAAUUAAUGGAUCAUCAGAGUUUUGGUGAAGAUUCUUCUACUCCUGUUACUGGUGCAUUUGAUAAAUCAAGGGUUUUGAAUGUAAAGCCUUUAAGAUGUCUUUUACCUGUUUUUCCAAAUGCACCAAAUGGUUCAACAUUUUCAACUCCACAAGGUGGUGCUGCUCCUUUUGUUUGUGCUACUCCAACUGGACCUUUCCCUAAUGGAGUAACUCCCUUUUAUCCUUUUUACAAUUCACAAGAUUCAUCUCAAAGACCACCCGAACAACAUACAUCUACCCCGUCCGGUGUCCACCAUCAGAGCUUUAACAAUGCACCGAUAUCGAAUGCAGUUCCGAUUAAUUCGUUCAGGACUCCACCGACUGCUAGGAAUCGAGCUACGGGGGUUGCUAAUGGAAGUGCUGGCUCGUCUAAAAGGAUGACUAGAAGCCGUGCUCAGACACAAAGCUCGCCUGCUGAGGAAGGAGAGUUUACUGAUAAUCAAAAUGAGAGUGGCGAGUUUUUAUCCGAAGAAGGACUUACAAAGUCGGGGAGGCCAAAGCGUAGAGGUAGAAAACGGGGUAGUGGUGGUGGCCAGGGACAGGACAUUAAUGUUGCCUCUUCUGAUGCUGCUGUAGAUUUGUUAGUUGAGAAAAUUCAAACAGCAUAUAGUGAUGUGUUUAGACAAACUGAAGGUGACCGAACCUCUGUUGACUAUAUUACUCUGGUUUAUGAUUUGCUUCGUAGAAAAAUUUCACAAAUGGAAGAUGUUAGUACUCCAGGAGGGAAUAAGCGUCCCGAUCUAAGGGCUGGUACACUGUUUAUGAAUAAGGGUAUUCGGACAAAUACUAAUAAGAGGAUUGGAGCUGUUCCUGGUGUUGAAAUCGGGGAUAUUUUUUACUUCCGAAUGGAGUUGUGUUUGCUCGGAUUACAUGCUCCAAGUAUGGCUGGAAUUGAUUAUUUAACUGUCAAAAACUCUUCAGAGGAAGAGCCUCUUGCAGUGAGUAUUGUUUCGUCUGGUGGAUACGAAGAUUAUGCUGAUGAUCCCGAUGUUAUUAUUUAUAGCGGUCAAGGUGGUGUCAACAGAAAAGAUAGGGCAAUGAUGGAUCAGAAGCUGGAAAGGGGUAAUCUUGCUUUGGAGAAAUCUACACAUAAGGGCAAUGAGAUAAGAGUUAUUCGGGGUCUGAGGGAUCAGAACACUGUAGCUGGUAAAAUAUAUGUCUACGACGGUGUAUACAAAAUACAAGAAUCGUGGGUGGAGAAAGAAGGGAAGAGCGGUUGCAAUGUGUUCAAGUAUAAGUUUGUUAGACUGCCUAAUCAGCCUGAAGCUUUUAGGAUAUGGAAAUCGGUUGAACAAUGGAAAGGUGGAGAUACUUCUCGGGUUGGUGUUGUAUUGCCUGAUCUUACUUCAGGGGAAGAAAAGGUACCGGUUUCUUUGGUUAAUGAUGUAGAUGGCGAGAAGGGUCCUGCUCAUUUCACUUACAUUUCUACUGUCAAGUAUCCCAAUCCAAUGAACUUAACGAUUCCUUCUUCUGGAUGUCUUUGCGUCGGUGGAUGUUUACCGACUAAUUCCAACUGUACUUGCAUUCAAAAGAAUGGAGAUUUUCUCCCAUAUACCUCAACUGGACUUAUUGUGACUCAAAAGGCCUUAGUACAAGAGUGUGGACCUUCCUGUCAAUGUGCUUCUAAUUGCAAAAACCGCGUAUCUCAAGCUGGCCUGAAGAUUCAUUUGGAAGUGUUUAAAACUAAGAACAGAGGUUGGGGUUUAAGGACACUUGACCCCAUCCGAGCUGGAACAUUUAUUUGUGAAUAUGCUGGUCAAGUUGUUGAUCCUACUAAGAUAGAUAAGUUCGGGAUUGAUGUAGACGACGAAUUCGUUUUUGAUGCUACUCGUACUCCUCAACCACUUGGAGUUAUGCCUGGUGAUCCCGUUGAACCUUCGAAACUCCCAUUUCCUCUUGUUAUAAGUGCAAAAUAUUCGGGGAAUGUUGCACGUUUUAUGAACCACAGCUGUAAUCCCAAUUUGAUCUGGCAACCAGUUUCGCGUGAAAACAGAAACGAGCCUGAUCUUCAUGUUACUUUCUUUGCAAUCAGACACAUUCCUCCUAUGGCAGAAUUGACAUACGAUUAUGGUGUAGUCCCAGACGAUGAAAUAGACCAAAGGAAGAGAAAAUGUCUCUGCGGGGCAGCAAAGUGCAAAGGCUUCUUUUGUCUGUAGUCUAUCAAGGGUAAUUUGGAUAAUGAUGGACCUUGCAUACAAGCUUUUUGGAAAGGUUAGUGAUCAUAUAAAUGAUUUUUCAUUUGAUUUCUUUUAUUGCUUUAUAUACAUUUAUUCAAUUUUAUGGCUUAUAUAUGUUUGAGUUCUAAAAUAGACCAAUCAUUAAUUUGCUUACUGAAUUUGGAAGAAGGGCUUGCUGCUUACUCCUUCACUCUUCCAUAACUAAGUAUAUAUAUGCUAAUUAUUAUCCCUACAAGUGUAAUUUGAUUAUGGAAAUUACUCUCGGGCCAUUAACUUUGGUGUCAAAUUUCAAAAGCAAGAUUUGUAACGCCCCGUUAACUCUUAUCAGUACAUGAAUUUCGAUUAUAUAUUUUCUCUGUAUUUUCUUUUAUGGUAUUAUUGAGGUGAGCCUUAUCUUAAUCUCAGACUUUGGAUUCAUAUUCCCCAAAAAAUGUAUGUGUUCUUCAAAACAUUGUGUGUUGCAAUUGUGGGAUUCAUGUUUUGCAACUCUAGUCAAUCAAGGUAUAUAAUAUGACUAUAUUUUACUAGGCUGACUCGGUGUUCGAGGAAGGAAAGGGGAAAAGAAAGCACCUUUAUUUUUCUUAAUGUCGAUGGCUAUCAAUCGGCCGCCUUUUUUAACUCGAGAACUUGUAAUACUGAUAGAUUUUUGUUUAAUAUUUUUUGAACCGAUUCCCCUUUUUCGGUUUUCUGAUACUAAUCUUUUGUAGCCAGGAAGAAGAGCUCUCUCCAACGGUAGAAGCGCUGCUUGUGUGUGAAGUUCGUGACCUUUUGAAAGUAUGUAGUUCUUAUUUAAGUUUUAUUUUCUACCGAUUCCUGACAGUAGUAGUUUGUGGAUUCGCCGAUGACUGCAGUGUUUUCCCUUCAUCGGUGUACUAACAUUAUGUAGCUGUAACAUAAAAAUCAACAGGAAUGCGUUGUUGCUGCUGUUGUUGUUUCGAUUUUUUUCCUGUUGUCGGUUUAGUUUCUCUCUAUUGUAUCAAUGCAGAACUACUGAAUUCUAGGAUAAGAUUCUUGUAUUAAUGGAAAAUUUGCAUUUCUUCGACGAAAGAAAA